AUGUUUCCCUUUGGUCUAGUUGCGGGUUUGUCCUCUGCCACUCCCAAUUCCACAACGCCGUUUUCAUUUUCUCCUCCUACCAUCAUCUCGAGCGGUGUCAUCACCGUUCCGCUCUCUAGCUAUUCAUUCACUCCUUACCCUACACCUACUCUCACCCCUAGCCAGCUGGGUUUCCCCGCCGCCGACCCUUUGAAUCCUCCCAAUGUCAGCAGCGAUCGACAGGUUGUACUCGACUUUGCGCCUGCGUGGACUACUGCGUACCAAAAGGCCAGGAACCUCAUAUCAAAUUAUACUAUCGAAGAAAAAGUCAAUAUCACCACUGGAGUCGGUUUUGGGGUUGGCUUGUGCAGUGCGAAUAUCGCGCCUAAUAAGAACUUCCCUGGUUUGUGUCUUCAGGACUCGCCUCUCGCCGUCCGUGGUGCAGAUUUUACGACUGUGUUUCCAGCUGGUAUUCAGGUAGCGUCCACCUGGAAUCGUGCUCUAAUGCGUGCUCGUGGCCUGGCUUUGGGUCAGGAGUUCAAAGGCAAAGGAGUCAAUAUUGCCCUUGCCCCCAUGAUGAACAUGGGUCGUGUCGCUCAGGGCGGCCGCAAUUGGGAGGGUUUCGGUGCUGACCCUUUCCUGGUUGGCGAAUCUGCGUAUGAGACGGUUUUAGGCCUGCAACAUGGUGGAGUACAAUCCUGCGCCAAGCACUUCAUAAACAAUGAGCAGGAGCAGUUUCGCGCGGUGGAAUCCUCGAAUGUUGAUGAUAGGACUCAACAUGAGAUUUACGCGCACCCGUUCUUGCGCAGUGUCAUGGCUGGCCUUUCGUCCGUCAUGUGCAGCUUCAACCUUAUCAACGAUACUUACGCAUGCAACAACGACAAGAUGCUUAAUGACAUCUUGAAGCGGGAGUACGGUUUCCAAGGUUUCGUUAUGUCUGACUCUUUUGCAACGACGACGACCCUCUCUGCUGUUGCAGGGCUUGACAUGACUAUACCUGGGAAUCUCUAUGACUCCAACGCAUCCUACUUCGGGGGUAACCUCACGGACUAUGUGAACGAAGGGUACAUCAGUAUGGCUCGCCUGGACGAUAUGGCGACGCGUAUCAUCGCCGCUUGGUACUUUCUGCACCAGGACGAGGAGUACCCUGCGACGAACUUCAACUCGUAUGAUCAGAAUGAUGAAGUGAAUAACAAGCAUGUGAAUGUGCAGGCUGACCAUUAUAGGAUUGUAAGGGAGAUUGGCGCAGCUGGGACGGUCCUCUUAAAAAAUACAAAUGGCGCGCUACCAUUGAACAAACCCAAGAACAUGGUACUGAUCGGGAGUGAUGCGGGUCCAGGCAAAUCUGGUCCGAACGAGUUUUUAUUCGGGGGUGGUGUUGAUGGCAUUCUAGCGGAGGGGUGGGGAUCUGGAACUGGCACUUUUUCCUACGUUAUUUCGCCUCUCGAGGGUAUCCAGGAGCGUGCUCGCCAGGAUGGCAGCAGUGUGUCCUGGGACUUUGACGACUGGAACACUGAUCUGGCUGGUACCAUGGCGAUUGGCCAGGCUGUUGCUUUGGUUUUCACCGUUUCCGACUCUGGCGAGGGUAUCAUGACUGUCGAUGGCAAUCCCGGCGAUCGCAAUAACCUCACCGCCUGGAACAAUGGUGAUGACCUCGUCCUUGCUGUCGCCGCGCAAAACAACAAUACCAUAGUCGUCGUAAACAGCGUCGGCCCGCUUAUUGUGGAGCCCUGGAUCGAACAUCCUAACAUUACCGCCGUCGUCUGGGCCGGCAUUCAAGGACAGGAAGCAGGUAGUGCUAUUGCUGAUGUGCUCUAUGGCGCAUACAACCCUUCUGGAAGACUUCCGUAUACGAUCGCCAAGGAUCCCGCAGAUUAUCCCGCACAACUCGUCACUAAUGGUUCGGGAAGCGAGGUUAUGACAAUUAAUUACACGGAGGGGUUGUUCAUUGAUUAUCGCCACUUUGAUCAAGCGAAUAUCACGCCGCGUUUCGAGUUUGGCUUCGGCUUGAGCUACACCACGUUCUCGUACUCCAACCUCGGCGUGGCUGCUAUUCAGUCGUCGAACACUGAUCAAGAGGAUUUGAUUAUCGCGUGGGAGGGCGGGGAGGCAUCGCCCAUUGCCGAAGGGUCUUCUGUUGCGCUUUGGCUCCACGAGCCUGCAUUCCAGGUCACUUUCAUGGUCACUAACACUGGAAGUGUGUCUGGGACUGAGAUUCCUCAACUCUACAUCCACCACCCGUCUUCCGCCUGCGGACCUCCUUCAGUUUUGAAGGGAUUUACAAAUGUUGAAAUUGGACCGUAUGACACGAAACCUGUCUCGAUCAUACUCUCGCGCUAUGACCUGUCUAUCUGGGACGCCGUUGCUCAAGGCUGGCGCAAACCUGACGGCCAGAUCUCGUUUUCUGUUGGCGCAAGCAGUAGAGAUUUUAGGUUGUGGGGCGUCAUCCCGGCUUGA